AGAAAUGAUAUCAAUUUGUUAUUAAAAGAAUAAAUAAUGGGUAAAAAAAGUAAUGGUUAGAUGUUUAAAUUACUUAUGAAUUAUGAAGAAAAAUCUGUAUUAGAGUUUUUUGGGUUUUUAAGAUUUGUACUUAUUAAAGAUACUUAUGUGUUGAAUAAAUUCUAAGAAAUUUCUAAGGAUAACUUUUUUGAUCCAACUAGAACACCUCCUUUUAAUGUGGAAAAUGAAGCUUUAAUGUGGGUCAAAAUAUAAAAAAUUUGUGGAGAAAUUAUUAACUAAUAUAGUACUACAUAUGAUGAAGAUAUGAAAAUAUUAGAAGAUUAAAAAUUAACUGUUAAUUAAAGAAAUUGUGUGAUUUUAAGAAUUGGAGAAAAAUAAUAUUAAAAUAUAAUAAAAUUAUUUAGUUAUAUGUAAUAAGAAUCAAUUCUAAAUUUAAUACCAAAUGAUAUGAUAAAACCACAAAAAAAAUAUCGCUAUAUAUCUAAAUAUCCACCAAAUAUAGUUCCAACUAGUUCUACUAUAGGUUUGAAAGGUUUAUCUAAACCAUUUGUAAAAAAUAUAGGAGGCUAUUAUAAUGAUAUAUUAGAUACACAUCUUAUGCUUUUUUAACACUCUAAAUUAAAUAAGCCAUUAGAUAAAGGACCUCCUAAAAAAAUAUAAAAAAUUUAAACUACUAAGAAAAAUGGAGAAAUACCAAAUUAUUUGAUAAAAAUUAAAUAAUAAAUUUUAUAGAAUUCAAUAUAAAAACAAGAAGCAGAAUAAAAUAAUAAAUUUUAUUAAUUAUCAGAUGAAGAAAUUUAAUAAUUAAAAAUAGGAUUAUAAAUAAAUUAUGAUAAAAUAAAUUAUCAAUAUUAAUAAAUUACUCAUAUUAGAAAUUAUGAUAAUUAAUAUUUAAAAAGAAAGAAGGAGACUUGUGAAUAAUAAUUAAAAUAAAUAGAGCAAGAUUUAGCAAAAUUAUAAAAUAAUAAAAUUAUGGUCGAUUGUGCUAAAUGA